CAUUCAAGUUUCUCUUUGCCGGCUCAAGCCGACUUACCAAGCAGCCCCCAAUAAAUGACAUCUCCAUUUCUCCCCUUUUAAAUCAUCUCCAUGUUAGCUUCUUCUCCUUCCAAUACCAUCUUUCAUCCCAGAUGGUAAACAUGAUGAUCCUCAUACCCUUUCUACUUGUGGGUUUGUUUCUGAUUCUCCGGUUUUUGUUCAAAACAUCCUUGUUACUCAUCCUCCUCAAAAAAUUCCAGUGUUUGGAAGAUUGGCUUCAUGUUCACCAAUUGUAUAGAGUCCCGCAGUUCAACCAUCUUUUCCAGGAAAACGAGCUGUAUGUCAAGGUUUCAACCUAUCUCAAUUCUCUCCCUUCCUUAGAAGACUCUGAUUUCACCAACCUUUUCACUGGUUCCAAGUCCAACGAUAUCCUUCUUCACCUCGACACCGACCAGACCAUUCGGGACGUGUUCCUCGGCGCCAGAGUCUCCUGGACCCUCGAGAAAUCUGAAAAUGGUGGAGCAAAGGUGUUGGUAUUGAGGCUCAGGAAGAAUGAUAAGCGUAGAAUUCUACGUCCUUAUCUGCAGCACAUAUUGUCUGUUGCUGGUGAUAUUUGUCAAAGGAAGAAAGAGAUUAAGUUGCGGAUGAACGUUGACAUCCCAUCAUCAGGUAAGAAUGGGCGGUGGAGAUCGGUUCCGUUUAACCAUCCGGCGUCGUUUGAUACUCUUGUAAUGGACGUUGAUUUGAAGAACAAGCUCAAAGCUGAUCUCGAAAUGUUCCUCAAGUCCAAGCAGUUUUAUCAGAGGCUAGGCCGUGUUUGGAAACGGAGUUAUCUUCUAUAUGGCCCAUCCGGAACCGGAAAAUCCAGCUUUGUAGCGGCCAUGGCUAGAUUCCUCAACUUCGAUGUGUACGACAUCGAUUUGUCAAAAGUUUCAGACGAUUCUGAUUUGAAGAUGCUGUUACUACAAAGUACGAGUAAGUCCAUGAUCGUAGUUGAAGAUCUUGAUCGUUUCUUAAUGGAGAAAUCCAAGAAUGUGAGCUUGAGAGGGAUAUUGAACUUCAUGGAUGGAAUCAUAUCUUGCUGUGGGGAAGAAAGGGUGAUGGUAUUUACAAUGAACAGCAAAGAUGAGGUUGAUGAAGCGUUGUUGAGGCCUGGGAGGAUUGAUGUUCAUAUACAGUUUCCAUUAUGUGAUUUCCCUUGUUUCAAGCAUUUGGCAAACAAUUACUUGGGUGUGAAGGAACACAAACUAUUCCCUCAGCUUGAAGAGAUAUUCCAGGGAGGAGCUAGUUUAAGCCCUGCUGAGAUUGGGGAGAUCAUGAUUUCUAACAGGAGCUCGCCAACUCGAGCGUUGAAAUCAGUGAUUAGCGCAAUGCAAACAAAUGCGGGUGCUAAAAGCAGAAGAGUGAGCGGCGACGGGGCAGAGGAUAUCGGGGGUGGUGAACAAGGGGGAUUGUUUAGCAGGGAACAUUCAGUUAGAGAUUUUCGAAAACUAUAUGGAUUGUUAAAGAUGGGAAGUAGAAGAAAAGAUGAGCCCUUGGAUCUUGGUUCAGCUGAUAAAGAUGGCUCAAAUUAAGAGCUUGUAUUGUAACCAAAUGACAAAAUUUCUUGAAUCAAUCAAACAUUUUUUUUUAUUUUUUCAUUUUGGUUUUUGUAAAACACCCUUUCCAGGGAUAACUAAAUUAAGCUUCUUCUUCUUUUUUUUUUGUUU